CGCGCUCCCUCCCGCUUCUACUUCCAGUUCCAGCGCGCCGCGUGAUCGGACGGACUGACCUGGCUGCCCCGUUUUAUCCCGCGGGUUGCCUGUUCUGAUGCCGUGAUUGGUGGUGGUCAUGGAUUUUGGGGGAUCGGAUGGGGUUGGAUUCAUCAUGCCUUUGAUGUCUUCUUGUUGCGUCCGCAGCAUCGCGAGCCGAAUCAACGCCUCAUGGUUGAAUUCACCUUCUCGUCCGCUGGACGCUGGUUGCUUCAAAAAUUGCCCAUCUGAUUUGGGCGUCAGAAUUUCUCUUUGCCUUCCAGUUUCAUCAUUUUCUUCUUUUAUAAUAAUUAAAAACCAUUUUUUCUGCUUCAUGACGCGGUAUGGCCAUUAUUUUUCUCGUUCACAUGAUAUGCCAGUCAACUAAUCCAAGUACUGUGCUUAAAGUUCAAUCAUUAUCAACAGUUGUAGUAGAAGCCACACCCGUCUUCGUUUCUUUUGCGUGCGGGCACAAAUUCUAUAUUACUGUACGUGGUACUAGUGGCUGUAGCUAGUCUGCGCGCCCCAACAACCGUGUAAGCUUUCCUGGUCUGCGGAGCAUCAGGAUCGAGAUGCUACUGCCUUCCAUUCAUUAACGCCGGAGAAUGUCUGGCGUCCUGGAAUUAUCCUGCUGAUCCCUUUUGCUGAGCUGCGUGCCUGAUCCUGAUGCCUACGGCCUACCGGAGUUCGGCGGCCACCUGUAUCGGCUGCGGAUAUUGCCUUCCUUCAUCAUGGCUCCUCGAUCUGGCAGGCAGCAAUUAAUUUCCCUGCAAAUCCUUCAACGAUUCGGUUCGGUGCGCAUUACAUCACGCUGAUGUGCGAUUAGGACUCUGGUGACAUUCAGACUAGCAGCUUCCGGUGGAAUUCAGCUUUUGUGGACGGCAAGUAAGCAAAUGUGAAACCACUCCACGGCAAUCCACCUUGGACUUCAGAGGUUGCUUACUGAAGUCUAGCAAGAUAGCAAAUGAUGUCAGAAUUGCUUAAUCAGAAAUCUUCAGUCCAAGGGAAAGUUCCUUCAGGCUAUUUUAAUGCUCUCUUUGAAUUAAGUGGAGCUUGGUUGACUGAUGCCAAAGAGACCAAGCAUCUAGCAUUCGACGGAUAUUUCAUUUCUUUGUACAACUUGCAUCUAAAGGCUUCUCCAUUAGUUCUUCGAGAUGAAGUAAAAAAGGCUGUUCCAUCGAAGUGGGAUCCUAUUGCAUUAUCAUGGUUUAUAAAGAAUUAUGGGACACAUAUAAUUGUUGAAAUGGGAAUCGGAGGUCAGGAUGUCAUAUGUGUUAAACAAAGUCAUUCUUCAACCAUUUCAACUGUGGAUCUUAAGUUGCACCUGGAGGACCUUGGCGAUUUCUUGUUUUCUGAUGGGAAGAACCACUCUCCAAUACAUCGCAAGACAAAGGAUGGCAAGAGCAAGGUGCCUGAUGUUUUUGUAAGGAUAGUGCAGCAACCAAAUAACCUGCACCUUUCUAGCUACUCUGAAACAUCAACCAAGGAUGGCCUGACAGUUACAUGUUCGAAGAGGGGAGGAGAAGCAUACCUACCCAACCACUCCAAGUGGCUGCAAACAGUGGCAAAGAAACCUGAUGCCAUUAUGUUUAAAUUUGUCCCCAUCACCUCUCUUCUAACUGGUAUUCCUGGUAGUGGUUACCUCAGCCAUGCCAUCAAUCUAUAUCUUCGCUAUAAACCUGAUCUUCAAGACUUGCAAUAUUUCUUGGAGUUUCAAGUGCCUCUACAAUGGGCACCUAUGUUUAACGAGCUUGUCCUUGGGCCCCAAAAGAGGAAAAGCUCUUAUCCUUCAAUGCAGUUCAGAUUUCUCGGCCCCAGACUCCAAGUCAGCACUUCUCAGGUAUCUAGUUCUCAGAAACCGGUGGUUGGCCUACGGCUAUACCUGGAGGGCAGGAAGUGCAACCGGUUGGCCAUCCAUGUCCAGCACCUGUCCAGUGUUCCAAGCAUGAUUGGAGACUCCGUGGCAUCUUCAAUGUCAGAAUGGCGCGAGUCCCAAGACAGCGACCCGGGGUACGUCGAGGCCAUCCAGUGGAAGAAGUACUCGUGCGUCUGCACCUCCGUCGUCAAGUACAACCCGGAGUGGCACAAGAGAGCUCCCGGCGGAGUCUUUAUCGUCACUGGCGCGCAGCUCGUCACGAAGGGGGCCUGGUCCAAGAAGGUCCUCCAUCUGCGCCUCCUCUACACCCACAUCCCCAACUGCACCAUCCAGAGGACCGAAUGGACGAACGCUCCGGCGGCGUCUCAGAAGGGGAGCUUCCUGACGACGAUCAGCACGACACUGAGCUCCCCGUUCACGCAGCGUGACACCCACCAGGGGAAGCAUGAGCCGGUGCAGCUGAACUCAGGUGUCUACCCCGACGGACCGCCGGUCCCGCUCCGGUCCAGGAAGCUCCUCAAGUUCGUCGACAUUUCGGAGGUGGUAAAAGGGCCACACGACGUCCCAGGCCACUGGCUGGUGAUCGCGGCGAAGCUUGUGAAAGAGAGAAGGAAGAUCGGGAUCCAUGUUAAGUUUGCACUGCUGGGCUAUGAAGGCCUGUCGCAGAAUGAUAGUUUCAUGGGUUGAGUCUGUACAUAACAACAGCUGGCUGAUCUUCGUAGAUUUCAGGAUUUUAGAAAAAAGCAUAGGAUGAGGAUUUGUUAUUAGUUUUUUUUUUGGGAGGGUCGACAGGAAGUGUAUAGAGGGCAGUCAGACUCACAGUAAAACCAAUCACGGCUGUGUUGAGUUGUUCCGUGAAUUAGAGACCAUACUUGUAAAUUACUUCUUUUUUAAAUCACUUCGGUUAAGUUACUCUUUUAA